CAACUUGGCAAAACCUGAUUGGUAAGUCGCUGAGGCGAGUUAUCGUGGCUGCCGCACUGUAAACAGCUUGCAUUUCGACGCUCACAAAUUGCAUCCAUUGUACACAAGUAAUGCAGUGCUGCUCUUGAACUGGCUGGCUUGAUAUUAAUGGGAAACAGGUGGCACGUCCUUACGGCUAUUGGUGGCUACAUUGCCGUCGCAGUCAUUGACCUACUAUCUUCAGAAGAGGCAUCUUCGGAGCUAAUUGAUUACUGUCGUGCAGUUGAAGGGCCAAAGUGUUGGAACAGGGAAUGGAAACAACAGUCUACUUUUACUUUAGUGGAGCUACCCAACGCAUCUGCGACGCGCCGUGCCUCAUUUCAAUGGUACGGGGGGGCCUUGAUGAUGGAGGAAAGGUCUCCACAUGGCAGGAUCCAACAAAUAGCUGUGCACAGAUAAAGUCACGUGCUUGCUUGUUGUUCCCUCUUCGCUCGCUCGCUUGCUUCGCCUUGCACUUUCCACUUCUGACACG